UCUGAAACAUAUUUCAUUUUUAAACUUCCUUCUCUGUCAGAAAGUGAAAGUUAUUUUCACACUUUGCACCGUUAGACUAUCUCUUUUUGUUGUAUUUUGUGCCCGAGUAUCGAACGGACCUGUAACUUCUGACUUUGUUUUUAGAAAAAGGGCUGCGUAUCCAAUAACAACCGCGACACUCCUUAUCUACUCGCACUUGAACCUCUGCAAAUACCGAGUGGGAUCUUUCAGACCAGCCACUGGCCCCACGGCUCUCUACUUCACUGGCGCCACACAGGUUUCACCUUCACCCUCGCCGCCCGCCCCCCCUCUUUGAAGGAGCAACCGAGAUUUUCCGCGCCAAUACAACAUUGGAUAGAGGGUGAAGAGAAGACCCCAUGGAGAACGGCCUGGAAGAAAACGUCUACGAAGCCCCCGACAUGGAGCUCGAGUUGACUUACGACCCUUCCCUGCAGGUGGGCGACGGGGUGCAGUACGAUGAGGUGGCCCGCUCCCCCUCGUCCUGUUCCGCUGCCUCGAGCUCGGAGAGUGAGGGGAAUCUCAGCGAUCAGCAGUGCGAGCCCUCCGGCGACAGCGAGCCUCCCGACGGCAGCGUUUACCAAGAGGUCUUCGACACCCCGGAGGAGCUGGAAGAGGUGCAGAGCGACAGCCAGAGCUCCGAGACUUACGGCAGACACCUGAACGGCAGCCCGGGCCAAAGCAGUGACAAUGGCCAGCCUUUCGAGAUUUCUCUGUAUGUGAAGGCUGGCAUUGAUGGAGAGAGUAUUGGUAAUUGCCCCUUUUCUCAGCGUCUCUUUAUGAUUUUGUGGCUGAAAGGUGUUGUGUUCAAUGUCACAACAGUUGACCUAAAGAGAAAACCAGCUGAUCUACAUAACUUAGCUCCUGGUACUCACCCUCCAUUCCUGACAUUUAAUGGAGAGGUCAAGACAGAUGUCAACAAAAUUGAAGAAUUCUUGGAAGAGGUACUAUGCCCACCAAUGUACCCUAAGCUUGCAGCAAAGCACCAUGAAUCCAAUACUGCUGGAAUUGAUAUCUUUGCAAAGUUUUCAGCAUAUAUUAAAAACACAAGGAUAAAUGCGAAUGAAGGACUGGCAAGAAGUCUGAUCAAAGCCCUGAAAGAUCUGGAUGGUUACCUGAACACUCCACUGCCUGAAGAGAUUGAUGCUGACUGUGUUGAUGAUGUCACCAUAUCCCAUCGCAAAUUUCUUGAUGGCGAUGAGUUCACAUUGGCUGAUUGCAACCUUUUGCCCAAGCUUCACAUUGUGAAGGUUGUAGCAAUGAAGUAUCGGAACUUUGAGAUCCCAGCAGAAAUGACAGGAGUCUGGCGAUACCUGAAUAACGCCUAUGCACGAGAUGAGUUCACCAAUACAUGUGCAGCAGACAGUGAAAUUGAAUCUGCUUAUGCAGAUGUGGCAAGACGGCUUUCAAGAUCUUAGAUCGAAAAUAUAAUCAUUAAGGAUCAAUGCUAAUGCUACAAAAUGGGCUCGUAUCACAGGACUGCAUUUGAUUGCCUUGGUUAUUAAACCUAAUCCCAUUCGCUGACACUAUAAUAUUUCAGCUGCUUGUUUUAGUUUUAAAUAACAUGACAAAUUUCUAAUCAAGCACUGAGCAUAAAUUAAGUGUGAUGUUCCCCUGCCUGCCGCACCCACCCUCCCGAAUUAAUGAGUGUCCAUUGUUCAUUUUUUGAUAGAAGCUAUUUGGUGUUUAUUGCCUAAUCUUAAAAUUGCAGCUAACCUUUAGAUUUACAUUUCAAGGAACCGAGUUAAUGUGACACUUCUUGCGAUAGAAAAAGUACUGCAAAUUAUAAAAAUAUCCGCAGCCAUAAUGAUUCAAUUUAUUUUUCCAAAGCGUAAAUUGACUGUUGAAUUUGGAGCUCCAGUUGAGUCUUUAUGAAACUGAAAUAAAUUUAGGCUGAGAAGCCGCUGAAUUAGGAUUGGCUACCCUAGUUAACUCAGACCUCACAAGCUUCAAUCUCAGGCAAGCAAAAAUAAAACUUUAGUGAUCACCGAUUGGAGCCUUUUUUAAAAUAAACAUUUGAUCAAUCAGAAUAUUUGUAACUUUUUAUGAUACUUUAAUUGUAUCUGAGAGCCAGGUCAGUCUUAAAUGAAUCAAAUAUGACAGCUUCUUCUAAGGCAUACAAGCCAAAAUAUUCAGUUAUGCUUUUGAAUGAUGUUCCUGUUUCAUUUCAAGGCAUUUUAGUGUUUUAUUUCAACUCUGCAUUGUCAGUGGAAUUAUUGAAGGGGUGUUUUCUUGAAUGAAUGCUUCCCAUUUGUUUUUAUUUUUCAGUCUCAUUUCUGAGUUUUGAUCACUUAGAUUAAAUUUACUGAGGUCUAAUAUUACUUUGAAACAUACGUAACAUGAAAAUAAAUCUAUUAUAGCUUUUCUGGCAUUUUAAGUCCCAAAGCUCUUUACAGUAUACCUAAGAAAAAGAUGUGGGAUUAACAAAAGAAAAGUCUGCUAUAUCCCAGAAAGCAAUUGAAAUUUUUAUGUUAUAGAGCUGCCAAAUAUAAAUUGAAUAUUUUGCAGAUAACAUUAGGCAGACAAUUGGAAAUCGAACAAUUUCAUAACUUAAAGUUUCUGACCGUGUGUGGUAUUAGUAGUGCAUCUGUUGUUGUGUUAAGAGAAUUUUAUUUGUCCACUAUUUUAUGAGAAUAACAGGAAAUAAGAUGGCUGUAGCCCACAACAGACAUGAAACAGAUCUUGUUUCUGUAAACUAACUGGGUGUUAUCAUGAACCCUUUUAGAACGGAGAGAGAUUCACAGAAAACAAACCACCAGAUACACAAAUUUCAGGUGUGGGCAGGUUGUCUCAUCUCCAUUUUCCAGAAUAAAGUUAAAGAUGACUGAUCAGAAAUGAUUUUGAAAUGUGGGAAUUUAUUAACUAAAAACUAAAACAAUAUUGUUAUAUUUUUGUUAAUUAAAAAUCAGUGUUUGUAUUAAUGGCAAAGACUAGUGAUGCUUCUUGUUAUAGCAUCAGCAAAAUAGUACAUAAAUGAUUAAAUUGCGCCCUCUCGUGAUUUUUUAAAAAAUUAACUGUGGAUGAUUUUGCAGACUGAACCAUGAUUUGUUGUAACUGAGGAUCUAACAGUGUUUGGCAUUUGUUUGACUUGCCCCAACUCAUUUAAGUUUUUUAGUUCUUUGCAUUGCAAGCUUUUGAAAGUUAAAGCCGAUUACAGUGCAGUGAGGGAAACUGAGUAUCUGUGACCUGACUGAACAAGAUUGGCGGAGUCAGUGUUGGACUGGGGUGGAGAAAGUUAAAAAGAAAAUCACAUACCACCAGGUUAUAGUCCAACAGGUUUAUU